GCACAGACCUUACUAACCCGCCAACAUUUACGAUGGGUAGGCUGUAGCACUUUGUUUCGCUAUACUGAGCAAGUUGGUGAUGGGGGAGGGGGAAGGGCUCAGAGAAAGAGAGAGAGAGAGAGAGAGAGAGAGAGAGAGAGAGAGAGAGCUCUGAAAGUAAUCUGCAGAAGGGAGUGGGAAAUAAGAGAGUGACAAAAUUACCUUAAUGUCUCUGCUUUUGUUCUGCAUGAAGUAAACUUGCCGCGUAUUCUAGAUAAUGUCCAAGAAUGUCCAUUUCUGGGACUUUGAGCAACUAUUACGUGGACUCCAUCAUAAGUCACGAUAGUGACGAACUCUCAGGCGCGCCUCGCUUCUCCAGCGUCCAGUUUCCCGUUUCCACCUCUGCUGCGACCGAUGGAGCCGCGCACUCCGAGCACGCUCAUUCCGAGCCAUAUCCAUCCUGCAGCUUCCAGCCCAAAGGUCCGGUCUUUUCAUCACCCUGGGGCCCCUUCGGCCCGCACCACGGAACUAGUGGUCUCCCUGCAGUCUACCAUCCCUACAUCCCGGGCCAGCAUGUCGCCGCAGACACAAGAUACAUCCGCUCAUGGCUGGACUGCGCUCCGCGAGACUCCGAGUCUUUCCCGGGCCAGAGCCAGGCGGGGCAGGUCAAACUGGAACCCCAGCUCAGCCAUCAAGGCGGGGAGCUUCCCAUCAAAAUCAGCGGACAACACGAGACUACCACAUACAUUCUAGAAUCGAUUUCCACGGCGGAACCCGAGCUGAACCUCCAUCCGACUUCCAUUCAGGGAUCAGGAUUUGACUCUUCAAAGGAUGUCUGUGAAGGGAGUAAAGACAAGGACAGCGCGGAUCAAAAUGACCCGUCAGCCAACUGGCUUCAUGCACGCUCCUCCAGGAAGAAGAGGUGUCCAUACACUAAGUACCAGACCCUAGAGCUUGAAAAGGAAUUUUUGUUCAACAUGUAUCUCACAAGAGACCGGAGGCAUGAGGUGGCCCGUGCACUGAACCUGACAGAGAGGCAGGUUAAGAUUUGGUUCCAGAACCGGAGAAUGAAAAUGAAGAAACAGAGCAAAGACCAGACCAAGGAGUAGUGGGACUAAGAGCACAUUACAAAUGAUCACUCACCACUUUCUCUCUCUCUCACUCUCUUACACCCACACAUAUACAGAUUCAUAGCAUAUAGUUAAUUCAUCGUGAAGCACCUUUUUUGUAUAACCAGCAUACAAUGGCCUUUCUGAACAGACAUGUACAUCAACUUUCAUUUCCAUCAGUUAGUCUCUUCAAAUGAUAAACCAGGAGGCUUUGACACAGUAUUCAAAAUAUGCAAAAGAAAAAGUCAGAUUCAUACAGAGCUUUUAAUGAAAUCAGUGAAUUGAGUUUGACUCUAUGUCUUAAAUACAUGAACACAUAGAUAUAGUUAAGGGAUGUGGGAAGUCCAUUGGCUUGGACCAGAGUUUAUAGAACCACCAACAUCUGAAAGAAGAUUAGUGUUCACUUCCUGUAAUGCAUGAAAUUGUUUAGCUUAUGUUAAUGAAUGAGGUUGAUCGUGCAGCAGUUCCUUAUGGGCAUUUUCUCCUUUCAAUUAUUCUUUCUUUCUUUCAAACUGUGCUAUUCCUUAUUUUUGAUACAUGAUGCCAACAGAAGCACAUAGAAGUGGUGAAACUGUAUCCAAAAAUUAAAUACCAUCCACAGACCUUUAUGCUAACAUAUGAAUAAUAACAGCUUUGUAAAGUUGUACAAUUGUUUUAAAUUUUGUUUAAUUCAGACUGUACAAAACCACAAAUUCAAGAAAAGACUAUUCCAUUAUUUUUCGAACAAAGUAUAUUGUCUUUGUGAAAACACUCACCCUGAACUGACCUGUCCAGGGAGUGACCUGCUUCUUGGCCUGUGACCGCUGGAGAUGGGCGCCAGCUUUGGAAAACCAGUUUCUCACCAGUCCUGACAUUCCUAAAACAAGGACAUUUAUAGAUUUGGCGGCUUUCUAAACAAGAGUUGCAUUGUCUCAAGCAGCAUGUGCAGCAUACACAGAUCAUCAGUCAGCAGAAGGAAAAUAACAGCAUAUUGCCAUAGUCCAGAUUUUAUUCACUGUGCUGUCAAGCUGCAUUUUAGAAGAAAUUCUCUCUAUUUUUCUACAUACAAAAUACUUAGUGUCUGCUAUGCAAGGUUUUUGUUAUUUCAGGAUGUUUACUGCAAAAGGGCUAUCAACUCCUGUAAGUAAUGACUGCUUGAAUGAUUUGGCAUCAUUCACUGAUGCUUAACUCCUGAACAUGUUUCUAUAACUACCGUGAUACUUAGGAUUGAUUUCCUGUUUGUUUCUGCUGCUGUUUUAACAUGAUAGUUCUGACCAUUAUUGUUUGAGGAUAUCUUCUAAACAUUUAUGAUUAUUAUGUUUCAAUCAAAAACUGGUGGUGGCAAUGUUGGCCAACCAUUCUGUAUCUGUGCUGUUGGGUGAAGUGUGGACAUGAAUGGUAUCUAGUUUGCAUUUGGGAAAGUUUUGUGUGAGUAGAGUGUUAGUCAUUGUGUGAGUGUAGGUGAAUGCUGGUAAGUGUGCUCAUGAGCAGAUAAGUGUGAGUGAGUUCAUGAGAGUGUGUGUGUGUGGUGAGGGGUUGGAGGUGGUGAGUUGAGUGCCAGCAAGUGAAUGUAGGUGAGUGAGAGUGUGAGUGCAAGUGUGUUCACAGGGCUGGGGCAUGAACAGGUGAGUUUGGGUGAGUGUAUGUAAAUGUGUGUGAGUUUGGAGGAGUGUAACGUGGUCAACUACAACAGUCCUAUCCAGACAAGAGCUACAAAUUUUAAAAUAAGCAGCAUCACACUCUCCAUUGAUGAGAGAAAAUGUUUACAUGGUUUGUGCAUGCGUCGAGUUAUUUUGAACUGGUUAUUUUGUUGCCGUAUUCUGUUGUGUGUUAAAUCUAUCUAACGGCAUUGCUUGCUGGAAAUAUUGCUAGAAAAAUAAUUAAAAUGUCUUAACAUGAAACAUUUCUAAUUUAUUGUACACAAAGCAAGUAACCUUGUGUUUCAUGAUGAAAUAAGUCGAAUAUGUUGAAUAUAAUUUUUUUUAAACAUUAUCUUGCUGUACUAUGGAUUAUUUUCUGUUGUCCAUGUUGUGCUGUCUGAAUUAUAUAGUUUGAGGUCAGUCUGAUGAGUUUUGUGUGUCUUUUAUUGUGAAUUUAUUUGAUAGUGAUCAUUAAUGACUGUGUUUUGGAAAAGAGGAGAGGAAAAGAUAUGAUAAAGAUUAAGUAAUGCUAAACAAAAUUGAUUUAAGCACUCAUUUUUAUUGUGGUUUCUUAACCUUUAAAGACUUUGUGUUGGUUACUGUCUUAGUAUUUUGAUCUCCUGACAAAAUGAGUCUGUUAAGAUUUGCUGUGGAUUAAUCUGUUCAGUGUUCUUGAAAUUAAUACAUAUAAUCUAAACCAUGUGGUCACAGUAAGAGUCUUUCUUAAUGAGCACACAAACUCCUACUUUAGUUUUUUUUUCUUUCCUCCCCUCUUCUCUCUGCAUUGUAUCUCAUUCUUUGUGCACUGGCACUGCUCAUUAUAGAUUCAUAUUAAAUUUAAGACCUUAUGCCAGUCU